CAUACGCACCGAAGUCAAUACAUAAAGAUAUUCAGAUACAUACACAAACUCCAGUAACGCACUCACGCACACAUACAUACACUCACAUGUACACAACAGAGCGAACCAUGUCACACGAACCUAUCUUACACACACACACAUACACAGACACACGCGAACAGCACUAACCAUGUCACAUUAAACUGUCUUACACACGUACACACACAGACACACACACGCACGUAUACACACGCACGAACGCAGAUACACACGCGCGCGUGCGCUCAGAAGCAACAGCUCUAACCGUGUCACACGAAGCUAUAUUUUAUACACACACACUCAUACACACACGCACGUAUUCAUACACAGCUCUGUGUCACAUUAAACCAUCUUGCACACGCACAGACUAACUCACGCACGCAUACACACAUACGCAUACACGCAAACAGCUCUGUCACAGUAAACUUACACAUACACACACAUAUAGAUUCACACACACACACACAAACUCAUACACAACAGCUCCAACCGUAUCAGAUAAAACCUAUCUUACACCUACAUACAUAGACACAGACGCAGGCACACAUAAACACACACGCAGCCACACACACAUACAUACAACAACUCUAACUGUAUCACAUUAACCCAUCUUACGCACACACACACACACAGCGACUCUCACUCUCACUCAUACGUGAAACCAACACUCACUCACACUUCAACACAACAAUAUCACGCACUGACUGCUAGUCACAACACACUCAAAAACAACGUGCAGAGACUUCGUUACAAAAGGAAGAUCGGGGCACACCGAUCUAAUUUUUAAAGAAAAAGGAUAGUAGUAUAAAUAUAUUUAUACAUGUAUAUAUAUUCACACAUAUUUAUACGGAGCUGUUAUUUGGUUAUUAUUCUCUAUAAUCAUUAUUGUUAAUUAUUAUUAUCAUUUGAUUCUCGGAGGUUAAUUACAUACUCAAGAUAUUCUGUUUUAACCGUACUUGCAAGCCAUACUGAACUAAGAAGGAGUGAAGCAUUUAACCAAUUGUUACGAUAACAACAACAAACUUGUAUGGGAAGAAAAAUCAGGGUCAAAUUUUUACCAUUUUGACUGACUACCCGUGAUAAUUCGACUUCGACCUAUAAAAAAAUAGCAGUCAAAUCCACCCUCAAAAAUCAUAUCCGACCACCGUGUUUUUAACAACGGAAACGACACACUACAAAAUGUAGUCCUACGUAUUACCUAUGGAGAUGGGAUAGUCACGGCUGGAACGCCAAUGAUCAUAGGUCUUCUCGAUCAAGGCUGAGCUGGGGCUGCCAGUGUAUAUAUAUAUAUGUAUAUACAUACAUACAUAUAUAUAUAUAUACAUAUAUAUCUGCAUGCACAUAAUAUCUCUUAUUCAUCAGCCACCGACAUGCCAUCAUCUUCACCCGUCGUCGUAUCGCUCCAUCGCCGAAGACGAACUUUCCUCAUCGGUUCCUCCUUGUCAUCAUCACCAAAACCAUGGUCACGCUGGCCUCGACGGCGCCACUGCCUCAGUUAUGUUAUGGCCACGCUACUCUUGCUCUCUGCUGCCGACGUGGGGCGAUGUCGUGCUGACGACCAAGCGCCCCUAAACCGCAAAGGGAAAUUUACCAACGAUGUCAACAGUAACAACAUCAAUCGCAACACCAAUAACAACAACAAUAACAACCACAACAACGCAAACCAUCGUUCGAAGAAUGAGCACAAAUUGCAAGCGCUUUUGAAACUGAACUACAAGGAUUCGGACAGCGGACAAGACCGUACGGAAACCAUCCGCGCUAUGUUCUUGGCAGGUAGCGCCGUUAAGACUGUGUCAGGUUUAGUUAUACAUGUUCGAUCAGGCAAUAAUUCCUUUGGAUGUACCACUAUUGAUAACCCGCCGCCCCCGAGCGUAAAGCAGUGGAUUGCUAUACUUAUGAAAGGUGGCUGUGAUUUCAUCGACAAAAUCCGGGUGGCGGCUGCUUUCAAUGCCUCGGCUGCGGUCAUCUAUGACGAGAAAAACGGGCUACAACCUGUCUUUGCUAACAGGCGACAAGAUGCUGACGAUCAUCUGUUGUUGUUUAGCCCCAGGUCAGCUCCAGUUGAAGAGACCUAUGAUGAGAGGCAUACCAGCUUUGGCACCAAAGUGACAGUACUUAUAAGCAGAAAGGAUGGGGACAAAAUUUCAACCCUUCUCGACAAUGGGACCAAGGUACAGAUGCACAUUUCACGCCUACAGUCACCAGCCACCCUCAACAUCAGCCGUACAUCCAUAUUGUUCGUAUCCAUAUCAUUCAUAGUUCUGAUGAUUAUCUCCCUUACGUGGCUAAUCUUCUACUACAUCCAACGUUUUCGCUAUGCUCAUGCCAAGGAAAGACUCACGAAACGUCUUGCAAAUGCUGCUAAAAAGACAAUCGCCAAAAUUCCUCAGAGGACUAUAAAAUCUGGAGACAAAGUAAGUGUUUGUUAUUAUUUUUUUAUUUUUCUUUAAACACU